AUGGGCAGAGCGCCGGCGCACGCUCUGCUACUGUCGAUGGUGCUGGGCUGCUCGGCUGCCUUCACGGACCUCCUGCUGCCGGGCCCCGAGGAGCCGGUGGUCAACGUGGCCGUGGUGUUUGGGGGCACGUCCUACCCCCUGCACAUCCGCUCCCGCCUGAGUCCCCAGAGCUUCUUGGACAUGCCCCUGGAGAUCCACCCCAUCACCGUCAUCGUCAACAACACCAACCCCAGCACCCUCCUCACCCAGAUCUGCGACAUCCUCGCCAGCCACAAGAUCCACGGCAUCGUCUUUGAGGACAACGUCGGCACAGAGGCCGUGGCCCAGAUCCUUGACUUCAUCUCCUCCCAGACCCAGGUCCCCGUCAUCAGCAUCAGUGGGGGGUCUGCCGUGGUCCUGACCCCAAAGGAGCCCGACUCAGCUUUCCUGCAGUUGGGUGUCUCCAUUGAGCAGCAAAUCCAGGUGAUCUUCAAGGUGUUGGAGGAAUACGACUGGGGCUCCUUCGCUGUCAUCACCAGCCUCUACCCAGGCUACAACAUCUUCCUGGACCUCAUCCGCUCCUUCACGGACGCCAGCUACUUUGGCUGGGAGCUGCAGGAGGUGCUCACCUUCGAGAUGAGCCAGGAGCAGAGCAGCUCCAGGAUGCAGCGGCUCCUGCGGCAGAUCGAUGCCCAGGUCCUCAUUGUCUACUGCUCACGAGAGGAGGCCGAGUACCUCUUCGCCAUGGCAGAGCAAGCCGGCCUUGUGGGGCCGGGCUACGUCUGGAUCGUGCCCAGCCUGACAGUGGGCAACAUGGAGGUGCCACCCUCCUCCUUCCCUGUUGGCCUCAUCAGCGUGGUGACGGAGAGCUGGAAGCUGAGCCUGCGGCAGAAGGUGCGGGAUGGGGUGGCCAUCAUUGCCAUGGGGGCGGCCAGCUUCUUCCGGGCCCAUGGCUACCUCCCAGAGGUGGGACGGGACUGCCGGGCCCCGGCCAGGGCCACCACCGCCAACACCAGCUUCUACCGGCACCUCCUCAACGUGACGUGGGAGCACAGGGACUUCUCCUUCAAUGAAGGCGGCUACCUGGUCAGGCCUACCAUGGUGGUGAUCUCGCUCAACCAGCACCGGCUCUGGGAGAUGGUGGGCAAGUGGGAGAAAGGCAUCAUCCACAUGAAGUACCCGGUAUGGCCCCGCUACGGCUCCUUCCUGCAGCCCGUGGCCGAUAACCGCCACCUGACGGUGGCCACGCUGGAGGAGAGACCCUUCGUCAUCGUGGAGAACACGGACCCCAGCACCGGGGUCUGCGUGCGCAACACCGUGCCCUGCCGCAAGCAGACCAACUCCUCCCAGAGGAUGCUCAGAGCAUCUUUGGUUGGUCCAACCCAUUUUUCCUGGUGUGGUUUCAGUGCCGAUGGCCUCGUGGAUCCCUACACCAAGCUGUGCUGCAAGGGCUUCUGCAUUGACAUCCUGAAGAAGCUGGCCAAGGCGGUGAAGUUCUCCUACGACCUCUACCUAGUGACCAACGGCAAACACGGCAAGAUCGUCCGCGGGGUCUGGAACGGCAUGAUUGGUGAGGUGUACUACAAGCGUGCGGACAUGGCCAUCGGCUCCCUCACCAUCAACGAGGAGCGCUCCGAGAUUGUGGACUUCUCCGUGCCCUUCGUGGAGACGGGCAUCAGUGUCAUGGUGGCAAGAAGCAAUGGCACCGUCUCCCCCUCUGCCUUUCUGGAGCCUUAUAGCCCGGCUGUGUGGGUCAUGAUGUUCGUGAUGUGCCUCACCGUGGUGGCCGUCACCGUCUUCGUGUUCGAGUAUUUCAGCCCCGUUGGCUACAACCAGAACCUCACCAGCGGCAAGAGGCCGGGAGGUCCUUCCUUCACCAUCGGCAAGUCGGUGUGGCUGCUGUGGGCUCUGGUCUUCAACAACUCGGUGCCCAUCGAGAACCCCAAGGGCACCACCAGCAAGAUCAUGGUGCUCAUCUGGGCCUUCUUUGCCGUCAUCUUCCUCGCCAGCUACACGGCCAACCUGGCCGCCUUCAUGAUCCAGGAGCAGUACAUCGACACCGUGUCGGGGCUGAGCGACAGGAAGUUUCAGAAGCCGCAGGAGCAGUAUCCCCCCUUCCGCUUCGGCACCGUCCCCAAUGGCAGCACCGAGAGGAACAUCCGCAGCAACUACCCCGACAUGCACACCCACAUGGUGAAGUACAACCAGCGCUCUGUGGAGGAUGCCCUCACCAGCCUCAAAAUGGGGAAGCUGGACGCCUUCAUCUACGAUGCGGCGGUGCUCAACUACAUGGCGGGCAAGGACGAGGGCUGCAAGCUGGUGACCAUCGGCAGCGGGAAGGUGUUCGCCACCACGGGCUACGGCAUCGCCCUGCAGAAGGACUCGCGUUGGAAGCGGGCCAUCGACCUGGCCCUGCUCCAGUUCCUGGGAGACGGCGAGACCCAGAAGCUGGAGACAGUUUGGCUGUCGGGGAUCUGCCAGAAUGAGAAGAACGAGGUGAUGAGCAGCAAGUUGGACAUCGACAACAUGGCCGGGGUUUUCUACAUGCUGCUGGUCGCCAUGGGGCUGAGCCUGCUGGUCUUCGCCUGGGAGCACCUCGUCUACUGGAAGCUGCGUCACUCCGUCCCCAAGUCCCACAAGCUUGACUUCCUCCUGGCCAUCAGCAGGGGCAUCUACAGCUGCUUCAGUGGGGUGCAGACCCUGGCGAGCCCCGGGCGGGCGCCCACACCCGACGUCACCGCCAGCUCGGCCCAGGCCAACGUGCUGAAGAUGCUGCAGGCGGCCAAGGAGAUGGUGUCAACGGCCAGCGUGGGUGGCUCGCUGGAGCAGGCCACCCGCACCAUCGAGGACUGGAGCAGCCGCAGCGAGCGCCUCCAGACCACCUUCUCCCUGAGGACACCCCAGCUCGUGGUGCAGAACAGCACUAGCACCCACCGGGCCCCCUCCGCCGGCCCGGCCCCCUCCGAGAGGCUGGGGAGAGCCUACGCUCCCAAGGGUGCUCCCCUGGGGCUGCCGCUGCCCCAGCCCAUCCCCGUGGACUCCCAGCUGCCUGGGGAGGAGAAGUGGAGGGGGGCGAACGAGCACGUCCCCCGCCUCUUCCACCCCCUGAAGUUUCGGGGUGGCUGUACGGAGGAUGAAGCCCUCCCGGGUUUGCCCCACCUCCUGGUGAAGACCUCCCCAGGGGCGGAUUUUGGGGAGCAGGCGCUGGUGGGGAACCACAUCGGGGCUCCCCUCCCGCCCCCCACGUCCCCCAGGGACCUCCCGCCACCGGACAUCUACAGGGAGCACAAGCGGCCGGCGGGGCGGGGGGACUGGCUGCAAAACACCCCCCUGCUCCAGGGGGACGGGGGACACGGGGGCUCGGGGACGCUGCCUCGGCUGCUCUCCGCGGCGGAGAAGAGGUGGGAGAUGGACAGCCCUUUCCUGCCUCCAUCCUGCCCUCGCGGAGCCUUCCCGAAAGCCACCAGGACUUGCAGAGCUAGGGGCGAGCCGGCCCGGCCGGAGGCUGCGGUGAUGGAGCGGGAGAAGCCGAGCAGGCGGGCGAGCUCUGCCAGGGCGCCUGGGGAGCGGGGCGAGAAGCGGCCCCGGGGGCUGCGGCGCUGCGGUGCUGCCCGCCUGCCUACCCGCACCGACGUGCCUGACCUCUUCCCCGAAGCCGAGGCCGGCUACAGCUGCGGCCCCCGCUGCCCCCAGGCCACCGGCCGGCUGGCACCGCACUUGCCCACGGCCAGGCUGCCAUCCUACCGGGAGGCUUGCCGGCAAAACCCCCGCGCCACCGUGCUGGCGUGCACGCCGUACGCCUGCAUGAACUCCUAUGCCAACCUGCCCCUCUACCUGGGGCACCUCUCGCGGGGGUCCCUGCCGCCCCGUGAGCACCCCGGGGUGCCAGCGGGCUGCAGCCGGGGGGCCAGGCGCUGGGACAGCGGCUGCAGAGACUGCGGGAGGCACGGGGAACCGGCCUUGCUGCGGGCGGCGGGGACGGAGAGGAGGGACCCGCUGGUGGCCCGCGGGGUGAUGAGUCCCUGCGCCGGCGGGUCCUGGCGGCGGGUUUCCAGCCUGGAGUCGGAGGUGUGA